UUCUUCACCCUUGCAUCACCACUGACCACUCCCUCACUGUUUCAGCUCUCUAAAACCCUAAAUCAAAUCCCUCUCUCCGAAAACAUGCCGCCAAAAGCAUCAAAAUCGAAAGAAGCACCAUCUGAGAGACCUAUUCUCGGCCGAUUCUCCUCUCACCUCAAGAUCGGCAUUGUUGGAUUGCCGAAUGUAGGGAAAUCGACCCUUUUUAAUACGCUGACAAAGAUGUCAAUACCAGCUGAGAAUUUCCCGUUUUGCACUAUUGAACCUAAUGAGGCCAGGGUCAAUAUUCCUGAUGAGAGAUUUGAGUGGCUUUGCCAGCUGUUCAAGCCGAAAAGCGAGGUUUCAGCAUUCUUGGAAAUUCAUGAUAUUGCUGGAUUGGUUAGAGGUGCACAUGCAGGUCAAGGGCUGGGAAACAGUUUCUUGUCUCAUAUCCGUGCUGUUGAUGGAAUUUUUCAUGUUUUGCGAGCUUUCGAGGAUCCAGAUAUUAUCCAUGUUGAUGACAUUGUGGAUCCAGUUAGAGAUCUCGAGGUUAUUAGUGCGGAGCUCAGACUGAAGGAUAUAGAGUUCAUUGAAAGGAGGAUAGAGGAUGUUGAAAAGAGCAUGAAAAGGAGCAAUGAUAAGCAGUUGAAAAUAGAAAUGGAGAUGUGUCAAAGGGUCAAGGCAUGGCUUGAGGAAGAGAAAGAUGUACGUUUAGGAGACUGGAAAGCUGCUGAUAUUGAGAUAUUGAAUACUUUUCAGCUGCUUACUGCCAAGCCUGUUGUUUACCUGGUUAACAUGAAUGAAAGAGAUUACCAAAGAAAAAAGAACAAGUUUUUGCCCAAGAUUCACACAUGGGUGCAGGAACAUGGGGGCGAAACCAUUAUUCCUUUCAGCUGCGUCUUAGAGAGAAAUCUUGCUGAUAUGCUACCGCAUGAAGGAGCUAAAUAUUGUGAGGAGAACAAGGUACAAAGUGCCCUUCCAAAGAUCAUAAAGACUGGAUUUUCAGCAAUUAAUCUCAUAUAUUUUUUCACUGCUGGCCCUGACGAGGUGAAAUGUUGGCAAAUCAGACGACAGACAAAAACCCCUCAAGCUGCUGGGACAAUCCAUACUGAUUUUGAGAGAGGAUUUAUAUGUGCUGAGGUCAUGAAAUUUGAUGAUCUAAAGGAGCUCGGUAGCGAGUCAGCUGUCAAGGCUGCUGGGAAGUACAAGCAGGAGGGAAAGACAUAUGUUGUCCAAGAUGGAGACAUAAUAUUCUUCAAGUUCAACGUGUCCGGGGGUGGAAAGAAGUAAGAUCAUAACUGCACUGAGCAAUGGAGUUAGCAUAUCGACACUGGAAUCGGAAAUUGUUAACUCAGUUAUAUCUUGAGGCGCUAUGCCCCAACCAUAUGAAAAGAUAACGAUAUAUAUGUAUCCUGUUUUGCUGUCUGUAGUCCUUUGUUUGAGUCGAUAUUUCGAUACAUGCAGGAAUGUAAUUGCAAACAUCUUUGAGCAAAUAUUGCAAGGCCCUGAGAUUGAUGUGGAACUUUUUCAUUUUAUUCUAAAAGCUGUUCUAGAUUACACUCAGUUUUAUGCUUUCAAAUCCGUCAGUCAAUGAUUUGUGUAUUCUUGGUGGUUA